CACGACUCGCUUUUGGGGAAUUUGCGACACGCGCAGCGCACUGUUCAAACAAUCAGCUAACACAAUAUCAUAAAAGACUAUCAUCAAGAACCUUCUACAGAUUCGCCUGAAUUGCAGAUUUCUCGAGUAUCAAUCAUACGACCAACGCGACAGACGCGCACGCGCCACGAUCGCGACCAUACCAGCAUAGAAAUUGUUCCGAGUCCUGAUUUAUCGAAUACCUCAACAAUAGUCGCGGCGCGAGAGCGCCAACGCCAUUAUGGCUCCGUACCGUCCUCCUGGUCGUAGCAAUCGUUCUGGUCGGACAAAUGCCGACAAUGAUGUCUUCGAAGGAUUGCCUGUCAAGCAAUGGUCUCAAUCAGUAUCGCGCGUGUCAAUGGUCCCUCCAGUGGCGGAAGUUGUUGCCGUCGUGGACGAUAAAUGGGGAGAUCCUCCACUGCCUCGCGACUACCAACUGCUUUCUCCGUGGACUCAACAGCUUUUGCGCCUUGCACGUUCCGGUAAAGUAGGCACCAAGCGGAAAGCCGGUUCCAACAAUACAGAUGAAGACAAGCCAGACGACAACGGCAACGAGGCCUCGAAAAUCGCAUUCGACGAUCGAGGCUACCUUGCGAAAAAGUGGAAGCCUGUACCGGAACAGCAACUAGAGCCCGAGCAUAAGCAUUUCGAAUUCCUUGCAAAGAGGCGCAAGGGUCUGCCGAGUCUGGGCACCGAGCUCCAAGGUGGUCCUAUUGCCAUGCGCAAGACCAAAGUACAGAGAAUUGGGCCCGAAGGUGAAGUCACCGUGUAUGACGUUUUAUUACCGGUUGGUCAGACGAUUGAAGGCGAGAUCACCGAACCAGCACAAUUGGCCGAUGUUGUACCUGUGUUUGCUGCGCCCGGUACUGUCAUCGAAGGCCUUGGUGUCGCCAACGAAGCUGGAAUUGUUGUGGCCGAGCCUCUUCACAACGCACCUCGACGGAAUCGACCACCUCCAAAGAAGAAGGGUGGACCUGGCCGAGGCAAGAAACGUGUCACCUUCACCAACCCCGACGGAUCUACGUAUACCACUAUUGUGCCAAAUGCAACGAAGAUUGUACCUCAGCCAGGGCAGACUGUAAAGCAUGUCGCCAAGGGAGAGGAGGCGAGCGAAGAUGUCAGCGCAGAACAAGCGGCAGCUGCUGCAGCCGCACAGCAAGACAAUUCGCAAGAGGAUGGAGGCGAUGAUGAAGGGUCGGGUGACGAUGAUGGUGACGAUGAUGGCGAGGAGGACGAUGAUGGAGAUGACGACGAUCGUGAAGAGGGUGAAUUGACCGACGACGACGCUCCAACCGGCCCGACCACGAAUGCUGCCGCGGCCGAGAGUCGAAGUGUUCCGCAGAUACCCGCGAAGCCGUCUCUGACGGAGGCAUCAAAUCACACCACAGCAACCUCGGAUUCUAAGCCCGAAGAAGAUGUGGAGAUGUCUGAAGCACCAGGCGAAUCUACCAUUGAAACUCCCAAUGAGGGAGCGGACGAAUCUAUGAUGGGUGAGGACACAUACUCUCCUGAGCUAUUACCAGAGGAACCUGCCGAUGAUUACGAGCCGACGGAUGACCUGGUAAUGGAACCGACAAUUGCCCCCACGACUGGCGGGGCUGAUGGGCCGAUAGCUGCGCCAAUAACUGAGACUGUCACUGAGCCGUCAACAGAGCCAGCUACAGAUGUUAACACAGUCCUCAUCGCUCCACCAGACGCCAUCGCCAUCGAGGUCACGAUAGAAGAGCCGCCGGUGCCAACUGUAGAGCCCGCCACGGCAUCAGAGGCACCAGUAGAGACAGUUAUUGUUGAAGCUCCAAGUGUGGACAAGGGUUCGAUAGAGCAGCCUCCAAGCACAGUGACGCACGAUGACAACGCAGCUUUAGACCAUCCUGAGAGCGCGGCAUCUCUUGCUGAUCAGUCGCCAGUAGAGCCUAUCGAGGAGCAUGCAUCAAAGGACGUGCAAGAAGAGCCGCCCGUCGCGACACCUGCCGUUGAAACCACAGCUGAAGCGACGGCUGAGACCACCAUCGAGCCUCCGGUUGAAUCCACGGCCUCUUCCGCUAUCGAAACUGCAGCUGAAACCAGAGCUGAGAGCGCACUUCCACCGACGGCCGAAUCUGCAGUCGAACCUGUCACUGAAUCUAUCGCCGAAGCUGCCGCCGAUUCGACCACCGAAACUGCCGCUGAAGCUCCUGCUGUUCCCGCGGCCGAAUCCACCGCUCAACCAGUAGAGCCUUCAGCAAGUCAACCAGAGGAGAAAGCCCCACCGACAGAUCCGGUCCAGGCCACAUCUUCUGAAGAGACACAAUCAGAUUCAUUGCCUACGGAAAUACCACCAGCGACGACGGUCUCAAUCGCAGAAGCUCCCGAAGCAUCGAAUGCAGUGACUGCUGCAGAGUCUGUAGCCGCACCAGAACCAACAGAAGCAGAAGCUCAGGAGCCUGCCACCGAAGCUGAAGGACAAUCAGCGACCGCAGAAGAGCCAAUAUCUGCACCGCAGACUGUUGCUGCAGAGGCAGAGGAAGAUCUUUUAGGUGAUCUAGAGAAGCAUCUCGAGGAAUAGCAACCUCCGAUGGUCACCUGGAUUCACUCGUUCGCAUAUUCACACGCAAACAAUACACUUUCGGAGAAGACAAAUUAUUUUUCGCCGAUGCGAUGACAUAUCGAUUUGCAUACUUAUUACUGAAGACUAGGCGUUGCAUGGGGUCUCUUUUGCUUUCUGGAAGACUCGCGGUAUGCCCUGUGUAACAUUGUUUCUUGGUCGAUACUGUGACAAUAGAAGUUCAUGUCGCUUUUGACUUUGAGUAUCCUCCUUCGCGUUGUGUUAUCACUACUAUGCGAUGAGCUCCCCCA